CUUCCUCGGCAGCCCCGCCGCCCGCCCGGACGCGCUGCGCGCAGCCUCCGCCGAGCCGAGGUUCCAGCCAGAAGGAACAGCCUCGCCUUAGGAUGGCCUCGCCCUCCAGCCCUCCCCCUUUCAGGCUCGAGACGUCAGAUGGAGGCCAAGAAAGUGGUGCCCAGGUGGACAGAGGAAAACUGGGCGGUGGUGCCAGGCCGCCCCCCAUGGAGUCACCAUUCCAGGGCGAGGACCGGAACUUCUCGCCUCAGAUCAAAGUGAACCUCAGCUUCCGAAAGGCGGCAGGUGCCAGCCAGCCAGACCCAAACCGCUUCGACCGUGACCGGCUCUUCAGCGUGGUGGCCCGGGGGGUCCCCGAGGACCUGGUGGGGCUACCAGAGUACCUGCGCCGGACCAGCAAGUACCUCACCGACUCGGAGUACACAGAGGGCUCCACAGGGAAGACAUGCCUGAUGAAGGCCGUGCUGAACCUUCGGGACGGGACCAACGCCUGCAUUGAGCCGCUGCUGCAGAUUGACCGGGACUCCGGCAAUCCUCGGCCUCUGGUCAAUGCCCAGUGCACAGAUGAGUACUACCAAGGCCACAGCGCCCUGCACAUCGCCAUCGAGAAGAGGAGCCUGCCGUGUGUGAAGCUCCUGGUGGAGAAUGGGGCCGACGUGCAUGCCAAGGCCUGUGGCCAGUUCUUCCAGAAGAAGAGCCAAGAGACCUGCUUCUACUUCGGCGAGAUGCCCCUCUCUCUGGCUGCGUGCACCAAGCAGUGGGACGUGGUGACCUAUCUCCUGGAGAACCCGCACCAGCCCGCCAGCCUGCAGGCCGCCGACUCGCUGGGCAACACGGCCCUGCACGCCUUGGUGAUGAUCGCAGACAACUCGGCCGAGAACACAGAGCUGGUGACCCGCAUGUACGAUGGGCUGCUCCAGGCGGGCGCCCGCCUCUGCCCCGCGGUGCAGCUCGAGGACAUCCCCAACCUGCAGGGCCUCACGCCCCUGAAGCUGGCUGCCAAGGAGGGCAAAAUUGAGAUUUUCAGACACAUCCUGCAGCGGGAGUUCCUGGGGCCGAGCCAGUCCCUUUCCCGCAAGUUCACGGAGUGGUCCUACGGGCCUGUGCGGGUGUCGCUGUAUGACCUGGCCUCUGUGGACAGCUGGGAGGAGAACUCAGUGCUGGAGAUCAUCGCCUUCCAUUGCCAAAGCCCGCACCGGCACCGAAUGGUGGUUUUGGAGCCGCUGAACAAACUGCUGCAGGAGAAGUGGAAUCUGCUCAUCCCCAGGUUCCUGUUCAACUUCCUGUGUUACUUGACCUACGUGUCCAUCUUCACCGCUGUCACCUACCACCAGCCUGCCCUGGACGAGGACUUCCUCCCGCUGGAAGUGACUGCUGGGAACUCCGUGCUGCUGCUGGGCCACAUCCUGAUCCUGGUCGUGGGGGCCAACAUCCUCAUGGGCCAGCUGUGGUACUUCUGGAGACGCCGUCUGUUCAUCUGGAUCUCGUUCAUGGACAGCUACUUUGAAAUCCUCUUCCUGGUCCAGGCGCUGCUCGCCGUGCUGUCCCAGGUGCUGUGCUUCCUGGCCAUCGAGUGGUACCUGCCCCUGCACGUGUGCUCGCUGGCGCUGGCCUGGGUGAACUUGCUGUACUACAUGCGCGGCUUGCAGCACACGGGCAUCUACAGUGUCAUGAUCCAGAAGGUCAUCCUGCGGGACCUGCUCCGCUUCCUCCUGGUCUACUUAGUCUUCCUUUUCGGCUUCGCUGUAGCACUGGUGAGCCUGAGCCGGGAGGCCCAGGACCCCGGGGCCCCUGCGGGCUCCAACAGCACGGAGGCGGCGGGCAAGGGGGACAAGGAGGGCAGCACGGCCCCGUACGAGGGCGUCCUGGACGCCGCCUUGGAGCUGUUCAAGUUCACCGUCGGCAUGGGCGAGCUGGCCUUCCAGGACCGGCUGCGCUUCCGCGGGGCGGUGCUGCUGCUGCUUCUGGCCUACGUGCUGCUCACCUACGUCCUGCUGCUCAACAUGCUCAUCGCGCUCAUGAACGAGACCGUCAGCAGCGUCGCCAGCGACAGCUGGAGCAUCUGGAAGCUGCAGAAAGCCAUCUCUGUCCUGGAGAUGGAGAACGGCUACUGGUGGUGCAGGAGGAAGAAGCAGCAGGCAGGUGUGAGACUGACAGUUGGCACCAGGCCGGACGGUCGCCCCGAUGAGCGCUGGUGCUUCAGGGUAGAGGAGGUGAACUGGGCUGCGUGGGAGCAGACGCUGCCCACGGUGCGCGAGGAGCCCUCGGGGCCAGGCGGCCCUGGCGCCCUGAAGAACCCAGCCCUGGCCUCCCAAUCCAGCCAGGACAGUGCCAUGGAGGAAGACCACGUGCCCCUCCAGCUCCUUGAGUCCCACUGAUGCAGCAGGGGGCCGGGAGGACAGAGCACGGAAUGUUUCCAGCCCCACCUACUGGCUCUGGGACCUCAAGGGACUUCGGUGGCAAAAAUAAGUAAUUUCUUGUGGUUAACUCUCUUGGAAACGUUAGUUGAGUAAAGGUACUUGGCCCCAGGACUUGCCUGGUGGCGCAGUGAUUAAGAAUCUGCCUGCCAAUGCAGGGGACACGGGUUUGAGCCCUGGUCCGGGAAGACCCCACAUGCCGCGGAACAACUAAGACCGUGUGCCACAACGGUCUCUGGAGCCCACGUGCCGCAACUACUGAAGCCCGCGUGCUCUAGGGCCCAUGCUCUGCAACGAGAAGCCACCGCAAUGAGAAGCUCGCGCACCACAACAAGAGUAGCCCCCGCUCAUUGCAACUAGAGAAAAGCCCGCGCACUGCAACAAAGACCCAACACA